AUGAAGCGUCAUCUCUCUCUUCCAUUGCCAGCUCUGCUGGCUUGCAUGCUAUCCACCGCCACUGCAUCGCUCACGUAUUGCUCUUCGGUCUGUACCGGAGCUUCAAGUACGGCGAACUUCUCCAUCUACCAGUCCAAUGGAAACUGCGAAGCUCAUUGCAGCGACAUGGCGUUUGGCAUUCUGCUAGAUAAAACUUGCUGGUGCUCUAACAUUGCUCCGAAUAAAGCGACCAAUGUCAAAACAUCAGAGUGCGAUGAUAACUGUCCUGGAUACCCGGAUGAUCCGUGUGGUAACGAGUCCAAGGGCCUAUAUGCCUAUAUUCAGCUGGGAUUACCUUCCGGGACAGCGACUGUGUCAUCGUCGUCGACGUCGUCGACUACAAGUACCACCAGCACGUCGGUGAUAAAGUCAACAUCGGAUAGUUCGACUACUGAAUCAAGCACAACAACCGAAGCAUCGACCGAGACGGAUUCGAGUGGAGUGACAACCAUCACAGUUGGGGCUUCAGUGGCGACAUCAGUGGCAGAUUCGAGCGAUGCAAAAAGCAAGGAUAGCGGCGGAUCAAGCGUUAGCGGAGGCGCUAUUGCCGGUAUUGUGGUCGGCGUUGUCGGCGGCAUUGCCCUUAUUGCGGCCGGAAUCUUCCUCUUACUUGCAAAGCGCCGCCAGAGUUCUGGCAACGGCGACCCCGGCUACCAAAAUAACUUACUGGAUGGUCGGCAAAGCAAGAGUUCCCAGAUGAGUUACGUCAAGGGAUUAUUUUCAGAUAACCAUAGCCACACCUUGUCCGCCGGAUCCUCCAACACUCCACAACGUAUGGCGACCUUCACCGAUAACCGGAUGAAGACAGAUACAGUGCUGUAUCAGAAUGGCCGUCGGGAUAGUAGUGUAUCACUGCAAGAUAACGAAGACUACUCUCGGCCAGUUCUACGGGUUAGUAGAUUGGGCCGAUUGAUUUCUUUUCUUUUUUUUUUUCUUUUUUUUUUUUUUAAAGAGCAAUGGCUGACUGGAACUCUAGCUCACAAACCCCGACUAAAUCUCCAAAGGUUGCGUUAAGUGCUAGUGGUGCAUUUACCGUGAUGGAAUCUCCUAUGUCUACUCGAUUUGCGUGUUUCGGCGAAAACAGCGGUGUUAUGAUACC